ACCAUCUGAUCCUCCCUUUUGCAUCUUUGGCUAACCCUUUACGACGCUGCGGACUUAUUUGGGAGCGCGAUACCAUCACUCGAAUCUAGGAAUGUCACCUCGAUAACGUCCUGCGUAGUGUCAGGAUCGCAGGCCCUUCAUCAGAGCAACAUGUCCAACUCCACAAGUGACACAGUUAGGACCGAUUUUCCAUCGGUGGACGACUUCCUCGAGCGUGCAGCUUUGCUGGACUCCAAGGCCGGAGGAUCAUUUAGCGCGGACCAAAUCAGAGCCAUUCAUAUCGUCUCUCUAACAUGCGCAUGCAUCAGUCUCUUAACCGUCUUGGUGACGUUGAGAUGGUUCGUCUUGAUGAGAAGAAGUUUCCGGCACCGUCUGGUCAUGUUCUUGAUCAUCAGCGACACAUUCAAAGCCUUUUGGUACUUUCUCUUCCCCGUGGUCAUCUUUAGUCGUGGCCCUGUCGCGAGUUCCUCCAAUUUCUGCCAGGCUUCUGGCUUCCUCCUCUUCUUCGCCGUCGCGGCCUCCGACAUGGCCAUCUUCAUCAUCGCUCUACACUCGAUCAUUUACAUCAUGAAGCCCACCAGUGCCACUCGUACAGCCGAGGGAGGAUUGUAUCCCUGGCGGAACUGGAUCUACCUGCUGUGGCUAGGACCGCCCGUGAUUGCAGCUAGUAUACCAUUUGUCAACACUCGAGAUGGUUAUGUCACCGCUGGAACUUUCUGCUUCCUUCCCAAACGACCAAUCUGGUACCGGCUGGCCUUGUCGUGGAUUCCGCGCUACAUCAUCAUCACCCUCAUCAUCCUCAUGUAUGUCUGGAUCUACCUUUACAUACACUACAAAUUCCGAGGAUUCGAGAACCUUGGCGAGGCCGACUCCUCGUACGAUUCCAACUCGUUCGGGAAUGCGAACCAGAGGCCUAAUGGAUCCAAUGCACAGGAUGUGGAAGGCAAAACGUUGGCGCAUAGGAAAGACUCAGCCACACCAUCGGCACCAAUUCCUGCGACAAAUCGACCACCGUCAUCUCAAGACAACAGUGAUCCUGUAGCUCCACCUCCUGCGCCUUGGGACAAUGUCAGUUUUAUCACAUCACGCUCUUCGCCGGCCUCACUGCCGACCCCUUCUGUUGAGCCCGUCCAGGAAGAAGAUGUGGCCACGUUUCCAUCGCGAUACGGCAGUUUGUGGUCUGACGAGACCCAGGUGCCCUCAGGUCGCGGCUCCACCAACAAUCUCAAGACAGAGGAAUUGGCCAGAGGCAGCGCCCAGCCAGCUCCCGGCCUAACGGUGAAGCACGAGGGCACAGAAGAGGCUAUAACUUCUUCUAGAUCCCGUAGUGACCACCCCUCAAGCCUGGGAGCGAACAACGAGCAACUCAAGCAGACACGUGCUGCGAUCCGGAAGCAACUGCGUUACCUCUUCAUCUACCCAGCGGUAUACAUCCUCAUGUGGAGCUUCCCCUUUGUGGCUCAAGCGAUGAACUAUGAUGAAUACUACAUUGAUCACCCGGUCUUCUGGGUAUCCAUGCUGUCUACGAUAGCUCUUGCACUGCAAGCGUUCGUUGACAGUGUGCUCUUCUCAUGGCGUGAGAAGCCGUGGAGAAAAGUGGACGACAGGUCAAAGUUCUCGAUUCCAUUUCUGCAGCGCCAAAGCAAAGCAUUUGUGCAAAAACGAUGUCCCGACAAAAAAAUCAAGGCAGAACCUACGCCAGCACUGGCAACUGAAGCAGCUCCGCUCCCCAAACGGCAGGCGCACUGGUGGGAAGCAGAAGGCCGACGCCGUAAUGAUAGCAUCUGGAUGGGCACCAGCACUUUUCCUGACAAUCUCUCCCCCAUAACGACACGAACGCGUACACGGUCAAGAAGUCCCGAGAAGGCACUAAUGCCGCGGAUGUCUCACGUUCGCGCGAUGAGUUCAGAACUACAACGAUCAGGUGGCCCGCUUGUGGCAGAAGCGUCUUCUCCCAGUGUGGCACCAAGCAGUACUCCACCAGCUACGGCGCAGCCAUCUCGAAGAGCGACAUUGACGUCAACAUCGAUGUCUACAGCGGGACGAAAUCAGAGGCACCGCCUGAGUUUACAAACCACCAAUCUCUCUCCCAUGCGAGAGAAUGCCAUCACCACCACCGAGCAAAAGUAAUGUCUUGUGUAAAAAUAUAGAAAUAUAGCAUAGGUCCGGCUUCAGGCAUUAGCGAUAUGACAUAAUUAGUAUUGAG